UUAAAGAAUGGGAAUGUACAGACUCUCCAUCAUUGGCUUAUGACUCUACCUCAGAAGCCGAGUAAUUUCUCGCCUACCCUGAUGCAAUGGCAUUGGUUCUUGGAGCAUUGUAUAGAAGUCGGGGAGGUUGGUAUACUUCUUCCGACAGUGAUGAAGAUGCAUAGAUCUGGCCGUAGACCUACAAACGAGACAUUCAAGAUCCUUCUCGCAGUCCUAUUCCAAACUGCGCCUCACAUCAAAAACUUUUAUGAAAUCAUCGAUGCAAUGCAACGCGCCAGAGUGCCCUAUGAUGGAGUGAUGGCAAAUAUCCUCUAUGAAGGAUUCGCCAAGCACCAGCUCUUUGAACAUGCCGAGGAAAUAACAUCCACGUAUAAAGAGCGAAUAGGUAGCAUCGUGAGGUCACAAAGUCGGCAAACAUGGGAAUGGGAUGAUAAAAUAAUCAGGCAGGUUGGGCGCAAAGGAGUCAGACCUGCCGUGUCGCUGUGCUUGAAGCUGAUGGACGAAGGCUACACCCCCUCUCGCCAUACGUUGACGGUCAUUCUGAAGGAUUCCCAGAACGUAGAACAGUUGCGAUACGUAGAGAAAAACCUUGGCGUUGAAGCGGACUUGCUGCACUGGUCCAUGUUGAUCGGGAAUGCUGUUCGUGCUGGACGCGUGUAUACUGCGCUAUCGAUAUACGACGAAGUCAAAGUCACCGGUCUACGAAUAGAUACACCCCUCGUCCACCCAAUCAUCAGUGCCCUCUGCCACUCUACACUCAAACAACCUGACGAUGCUGCCAUCGACCGAGCGCUGGAUAUCUACAAAGACUUGGUUCAUGCAACAUCCGAUAUAGACCCCACGCAGCCUUCGACCAAUGACUCUCUUUUCCACUCUCGUGGCCCUGAUGCCAAUGUGUACAACGUUCUCCUGAAAACAUUGGGUUCCUCCUCGAACGUGCAGAAAUACUACCCUAUAGCUUUGUCUCUGCUAGAGGAUAUACAAGCGAGAGAAGUCACUUUGGAUAACCCCAUGGCCAUCGCCGCCGUCCUCACCCUCCUCAUGCGUUGCUCGUCAAGCUUCACAGAGGCUUUCGACGUGUAUAAGCGGAUGUGCAGACGGCACAUCGGCCCCAAACUAGACGCCAAAGCGUACGCAGCUGUUUUGAACGAGUUCUGCAAGCUCUCGUUCGGCAACGAGAGCGACCUACCCUCUGUUUGGCAUUAUUUUGAGAUCGUAAAGGACAUGAGAGCUGCUGGGAACGAGAUCAGUGUGGAGGUGUACACCAUUCUUCUACGUCAGCUUGCCGUACUGGCAAGUGGUAUGUCAGACCAGUCAAAGGACAAUCUGCUAGCUGCUAUUCGCCGCGUGCACAACCACCUCACUCUCGAUCCGUCCGUCUCACCAGACACAGCACUCUGGAAUCAGCUCAUGGAUACUUACCAGCGGGCAGGCUGCUUUGCAGAAGCUUAUAGGGUGUGGGAAUCAGUGUAUGUUAGCGGAAGUUUCGACCAUGUCAGCGUCAAUAUCAUCCUGGAUGCUUGUGGAUUUGCAGGGGCUUGGCAGACGGCGAUGCAGAUUUGCAUGAAUCUGUCGAAGUUGGGCUUUACGUUUAGCCAAAAGAACUGGAACGCGUGGUUGGAGUGCAUGUGUCGACUAGGGAAGCUUAACGAGGCGGUCAAGGCCGCUUGUUUGGAGAUGGGAAAGGACCAGAAGGACGUUGCGCCUGAUAUUGAAAGCGUACGGAUAUUGGUGUCGUUUGCAUCUCGG